AUGCAGAGCGGGGGCCAAGAAGCGGACAGAAUCGAGUCGGAACAGGAGUGUGCGUUUGUACUCAUCGGCGUGUGUCGGGCUGUGCACAGGCGCAUGGAAAUGAACUUACUUCGCGUGGCCCCCCCGACACCCCCCCUCCCCGCCUCUAUUAAGUGCGGGCGGCUGGGGGACGCCUCCUCCCCACCCGCCCACCGCCGCGCACAAGUUGGGGGCGCCCCCGGGUCGCCUCCCAGCCCGGCCCCCCCUCCCCCUCACCUCCGCCGCGCCGCUCCAUGCUCAGCCCCGGGCCGCCCCCAGCGCUCCACAGGCGCGCCGCCCGACUCCAGCCCGCGCGCGGCCACUCGGAGCCGCCCGGCCCGGCCCCGCCUCCGCGGCGCCCCUAGCCCGGCCGGCCCCCGUCCGGCCCGAGUGGGCGGCGCAGCGUGGGGGAGGGGUCGGAGGGGCGUCCCCGCCCCGGGCGCGGACACGCGCAGGCACCCCGCGUCACGCGAGGCCGACCAGGCGCACGCGGGGGCUGCGCCGGGGGACCCAGGAUCCCCGUCCCCCCGCGCCCCCGCUCCGAGAGCCGGUCGGCUUAGGACUCGGCCGCGGCCGCGGGUCACCCUGUACCCCUACCCGGGCCCCGGGGCCAGCGGCAGCUGGUCAUUGUUCGAGCACAAAGGGCCGGGCGCCAAGGCGGCCGCCCUUCCCCCUCCGCUUCUUCGGUCGAAGCCUCCCCCGCAAGACACACUCUCGGGCUUCGGAGUCCAGAGCGAGACGCCAAGGGUCGGCUGCCCCUCCCCCGCCCCAACCCCUGCUACCGGGACCCUGCGCCCCAGGAUGAGUCGGGGGCCGAGGCUCGCGCCGGGCCUGCCCCCCCUACCCCCAGCGGUUGGCGGAGGAAUAUUUGGACUUGCGGAGGCGGUGCCACCUGGCGGCGCAUUCGGGAUGAGGGCACCACGAACAUGUUCGGGUGAAGGAAGGAGAGGAGCCCAGGUCACCCCACCCAGUGCAAGUCUCCGGUCCUGCGCUACCCGGACUCCAGGGGGCGUUCUGUUCCCACUUCUGUGGGAAGGUUUAACACUUCUCUGGAAGGAGAAUGGAAUACUGCUCGGCUGGAGACCUUGCAGACUCGCCCAGGACUGGGGAGGGAGGUCCUCGCCCUGAUGCGCGGGUGGGGGAGCACAGCCCACUUGUCUGCGAAGCGAUCACGUGCUGGGCGCCUGUUUACGUCUAAGUCUUCACCUGUGGGCGGCCAGGAAGCAGGAACCUCGGGAGGUGUCCCACCCGGCCCGUCCCCGUCGGCGGUCACAGGGCAGCCCUUUAUCUCCAACCCCCGUCAAGUGCGCGACAGCAGAGCGCUCUGUCCGCUGGGGGUCCGUGCGGGCCAGUGGCGCUGCUCCAGGGACUGCAGGGAUCGGGAAAGUUCGCUCCGGAGCCGGGACGUGUGGAAGGCUGGAGUUCCGAUACCUCCGUGUCCCCACCACUCACCCAGCGCCACCUGCGCCGCCGCUCCAGCUCCCGCCCAGCUCCUGCUCCAGCUCGGGCACCUCCUCGCCGCAGAUCCGCCGGCUCCCAGCCAGCUCCGGGCUCCGGACUCCGGGCGCCCGCCUGGCCGGG